GGAUGUGCGUGGACUUCCGAGGGCGGCUGGCCUUGUGGAUGGUGCGAGGCAAAGCCGUGGACGUCAGACGCUCUCAAUUGCCAGACCUUGCAGCCUGGAUACCAGCGUACAUCAUACCGUACCUGCUACUUCGUCGACAACCACAUGGACGGGAAGGCUCGCCGCGCCAUCGACUCUCCACCACUACCCUCCACGCUCCCAGACAACACUACUUUCUCCCUCCUCACGCCCCCUAUGAUCACCUCGCCCCCUCAACCGAUCGACGUCACCCCGCCAGAAUCUCCUGAGUCGCUGCAGCCCACGCCAACCAUCAUGGCUGCAUCGACCUUCACACUGAGACCGGAAGUCAUCAUAACGGCCCUUCCGAACACUCCCAAAGGCCAGAAAGACUGGGUCUUCCCCUUCCGCAUUCAAGUCUGGGAGUACUGUUUCUCGGGCUCGCGGCUGGCGGCCGGCGUCUGGAGGAACGGCAACAUGGCGCAAUCGCUCAACUUCACCAGGGACAGGCUGAACCUCGUCGGCCACAGGGUUCCAGGCUUUGCGCCGUACUACAGGGUGGACUUUGACUAUGACGGGUCGAGGGUCAAGUUUGGGUAUCCGUGGAAGAAGGAUGAGGGAGCGGAAUGUGAGUGGUUCGAUAACGAGUCGUGGAAGAGCUGUGGGGAGUGUCGCGAGAAGCUUUGGAGCUCGGGUCCGUUGGAUUGUGAGAAUCACAGCGCAGUGGGGAUGAGGGUUAAGGAUAUGGAUUGCUCGUUGCUUUUGGGUCCGAAGCCGGCGUUCAAGCUUGAUCCUCAGGGCGAUGGUCAGCGAUAAGAGACUGAGUGCAAACGGCCUCAUGUCAUGUAUGGGUGAACGACGAUCUCUGGAUGUGCAGAAUGAUUGGAGGUUUGUUCGGAACCUCUCGGUAUUGGCUUGAUGGUAUCUUCACGGAUUUCUGGGGGCGGUACCGGUAGGCAGGCGAAGAUUGGAUCGACGUUACAACCCACAGUAACACUCGUAAGCUUCCAAGGGCGCGAUGCACCGAACGCCUCCAGUAAAGAUUCCGGUCAAGUUCCUCUAGCUUCAAUCUUCAAGUCCGCUUGGUCGCUCUCAGAGAAGUGAGCUUGCCACAUCUGUACCCUUUCCACGAAUGCCACUUCAAUA